AUGAAGCACCAGCAAGUAAAUGUAGACUACUGGUCUAUAGGCAAGGCGAUGCUAAUGUACGGCGCGCUAACAGCACUGUGUUGGCUGAUGCUUAGACUUUUCAACACAGUGUUCACAUUACCGCGCAGAUUGAGGUCGCAGCAGGAAAACAUACAGAACACGCUGCAGGAACUCCAGAAACGGUUCCCUGACCUGAACAUAACUGAAGAGGAUUUAUUAAACGCUGACAAAGAAUUGGAGAAACUUCUGAAGGAAGACGAAGAAGAGAAAGCAAAAGAAAGUGUACCCAAAAUACAAGAACUGCCCGACGAAGACAAGAAGUCUAUAUAA